UUAAGUGCAGUAGAACCCUGAAACCCUUGGCUGAGUCUGAGUCUCGGUUACAAUGUUUGCGGUGGCAGCGGAGUCCAUAAUGGUCCUCCUCCGCGUCAGAGUGUUGAGUACACGUCACUUCUCCAUCACCAACAACAACAACAAAUGGCAUACACUUCCUCCCUUCUCUCCCACUCCUACUUCUCUCUCCCCCUCCGCCUCCGCCUCCACUACUGCCCUCAAAUGGGUUCUCCGCUGCUGCCCCCACCUUCCCAAACCCCUCGUCCACAAGCUUUUCCGUCUCAGGCAGGUUCGAAGAUCCUCCUCUCCUACCAUAAUCAAACGGGUGGCAGCUAAGGAUACGUUGAACUCAGGAGAUACCAUCUUUCUUCCUCUAUCUGUUAAACACAUUCCCACGGAGGUGAAACGUCACUCUGAUCUCACCCCUCACCAAAUUCAAUUUGUCCGCAGUCUUGUCCUUUAUAAGGAUCCUGCUGUUCUUGUCUUGAACAAACCUCCAGGAAUGCCAGUGCAGGGUGGCACCAACAUCAAGAGGAGUUUAGAUGUCUUAGCUGCAGCAUGUUUAAAUUUCGAGUACCCGGACUCCCCUCGCCUGGUACAUAGACUAGACCGAGACUGUUCUGGCAUUCUGGUGAUGGGAAGGACACAGACCAGUGCUACCAUUUUGCAUUCCAUCUUCAGGGAGAAAACUUCAACAGCAUCAGAUGAUAUUGAUGCAGAAAAUAGAAUCCUACAAAGAAGGUAUAUUGCGCUGGUCAUUGGGUGUCCAAGACGUCCAAGGGGGUUGAUUACUGCUUCACUCGGUAAGGUUGUGGUUGACAAUGGAAAAUCUGAUCGUAUAACCAUAGUUGACAAUUCAACAUUAUUGUCUUCACAGCAUGCAAUUACAGAGUAUCAUGUGAUUGGAUCAUCAUCGCAUGGUUACACUUGGCUUGAGCUGUACCCUUUAACCGGUAGAAAGCACCAGCUUCGAGUCCAUUGUGCCGAGGUGUUGGGCACACCGAUAGUUGGGGACUACAAGUACGGAUGGCAAGCUCACAGGAAGUUUGGACAUGAUAAUCUGUCUGACGUGGACUCAAGUGAGGAGCUUUGCAAGGAAGAAAUGCUACCCUUUGGCCUCACUUUGAACAAAGGAAGCAUUUCCGAAAGGUGUCCUCGUUUACAUCUUCAUUGCAAGCAAAUAGUUUUGCCCAAUAUAUAUCGAGCACUGCAAGAUGUGCAAUCACCCCACUACGAUCUAAACCAAGUGGGGAAUCUUGCGUUGACAGCACCUUUGCCGCCAUACAUGCAAAGGAGUUGGGAUAUCACGAAUUCUUGAGUUAAGCAGCUUUUGCAAUUCACUUUUAUCUCUCAUCAAGAUAAAUUUCUUUUUUUUUUUUUAACCAAAGAUAGGAGACUCGAACUCGCAAUUUCUUAAUUGAGUAUGAGGAAACUAUGCCAUUUGAGCUAUUAUUCAUUGGCCAUCAAAAUAAAUUUCUUCUUCGAUUAUUAUUUACAUUUCGAAUUGUAUUAUAGUUUGCAAUAAAAUUAGGCAGCCAAAUUCUUUUAAACCGAGUCCAACCAAGUUC